CCGCUCCGGAGUCGUCGAGCGGUCGACGAGCGUUGAGCGCGGCAGGCCCCGGCAGCUGUGUGGGUUGUGUCGUGUGCGGUCGGUGCAGCCCCUCAGUCGCGAGCUCUGAGGCGUCACACACACCGGGCGAUUUCCCUUUCGGCAGAGGUCCCUUUUUUUUUCGACUCUGGUGUUUGUGUCGCCUCGAAGCUUGCCGUCUGCAUCCUCUUCGUGAGAACGCAUCCACCUGGGGCUCCAUCCGUCGUUCUCCGCUCGGACUGCUUGGGUACGGGCCGCCACGGAUGCAAACAUGGAGCCGUCUGACCGUCUGUUGCUCGAGCUUGGAGCUCUUUCCACCACAGUCCGCUUCUCUGCCUGACAUGCGUACAUCGCACCACGAGAUUCUAAACUAACCACAAACCCCGCCGGAACUAGUCGUCGCUGUCGUGGAGUUACUUUUCCGGGAAAAUCAGCAGUCGCUAACGAUGCGAGAGGACGUCGUCAGGUCUCGCGUUGCCUCUCAGUGACUAUCGUGGACUUCAACACGUUCCAACGUAUACGUGGUGGCUCGAGGCAGGAAAAAUGCGCAAGAACUGCCUGGCGCGGGCGCUGUACGACAACAUCGCCGAGUCUCCGGAGGAGUUGGCCUUCCGCAAGAAUGACGUGCUCACGGUGCUGGAGCAGAACCCGGGUGACCUGGAGGGCUGGUGGCUGUGCGCGCUCCGGGGCCGCCAAGGCUUGGCCCCAGGCAACCGGCUGCGCCUCAUGCCCGGCAUGUACGACCCGACGGGCUUGGGUUACGCGGCGGGGCCUCCCGACCUCGCGGCCGCCGUGCCCCCGGCGGCGCCCGCGGGCACCUACCCGGGGCCCGGUCAGCGCCACGCACGACGCCGAUCGUGGCGGGUGGACCCCAACAAGGUUGUUACACCAAGUAAAGUUGGAGAUGUGUAUCUGUAUGAUGUCCCAGUAGGUGCCAAAGUUACUGAAGAGUAUGAUACUCCUGCUCAUUCCACGCUUCCGAGGCCCUCAGGCCAUGUUCACAUAGACACCAUAGUUCCAGCACCUCAAGAGGGAAGAAAGUCAGUGCGCACAUUACCAAACAUGGCUUACGACGAACCACGUCCUUCCAGCUUAUCAUACGAUUUGCCUCGACCUUCUGUUAAUGCUCGCUUAGAGCUUCCUUCAUCUACUACAGCUGGCACUGAAUCUUAUGAUGUGCCUCGCCCCAAGGCUGACUAUGAUGUGCCAAACUCUGAGCUUGUGGGGACCUAUGACACACCGCCACCUGCCCGAGGAGUUACCAAGGGAGCGCCCUGCUCCGUCUAUGAUGUUCCACUUGACAGUGGCACUCCCCGUUGUGUGCUGGCAGCCAAUUAUGAUGUCCCCACCUCAGGCCGGUCAAGUGGCGUUUCUCUGCUCUCAACAAGCUCUUCUUCUGCAGGAGUCUCCCCAGCAAGCAGUCAGUCCAGUUUGAACACAUCGCUGUCCUUGUCCAGUCUGUGUGGGUCUAACAGAUCCAGCUUGGAGCAAGGCCAUGAAAUGUACGACAUCCCAACCAGCAGUUCUCGACGUGUUAUUGAUGCACCUCCCAGCAGAACUCAAAGUCCCCGUGGAAACCUCGGUGCUGUGCCUCCACCCCCCGGCCAUGGCAUGACCCUUUUGCAAUUUUAUGAUGUGCCAACCAACAAUGCACCUGCACCAUUCUAUGACACACCUCCCAAAAGGGCCCCUACAACACAGACAGUCUGCAUGGAAGGCGUGUACGAUGUUCCUCCUCAGGUAACACGUGAUGCCCCGCUUCCACCGCCGAUGAUGGAUGAAACUGAUGCUUCCAGGCGACACUCCUCAUCUAGUAGCGACUCACGUGGUUCACGUGAUUAUGAGACCGUUGGAGACCUCAAGGAGCUCCACCUAGAGCGUGAUGCAGCUCUCGAGGUUCUGGUUAAAGUCCAGCAAGAGUUGACAAGUGCAAUUGGGAAGCUGUUCUCACUCACUCAUUCCACACUGAAGCGACAGGAAAGCGUUACUGCAGAGAGUCGACUCUAUGACAUCAAGACGAGCUGCCACAAGCUACGAACUUCUUUGAAAGAGUUUCUCAACUUUGCGCAAGGUGCCCUUGCCAAUGCUUCCCAUGUAGAGGACAGAAAGCUGUAUCAAAAGUUGGCCCGACUGACGAAGCCAUUGUUGGACUCGCAUCAGGUGGUAGUGGCAACUACCCAGGUCUUGGAUGACAAAGGUUGGCAGCUGUGUAUGUCCCGAGAAGCUGGCCCUGAUGAGCUGGACCAGCUGAUUGCAUGUGCCCGGGGGCUGACAGAGGAUAUCCAGCAAGUGGCAUCCACCAUACAGGGGAACUCGACGCUCAUCUUCAAGAAGUCCCCCCUCAUCAGUGAGUCCGGGAGGACCUCGCAGGAGAGGCCCUUACCAGUGCCGCCAAGGAAAGAGGAUGACCAGUGGGCCAGCGAUUACGACUAUGUGAACCUUGAAUCCAAGGCAUCGGUGGAGCGUGAGAAUGAGGAGAUCAAGGCUGCACUGCCGGCUGAGCUGAGCCAGUCUUUUGACAAAUUGUUGCAGCAGUCGCAGCUCAUUGUUGAAGGCAUAGUGCAAGAACCACAAGCUCUCUCUGGUAUGCCUGGCUUGGACCAAAAUGACCUUCAGAUCCUCAACUUUUAUGGUGCCCAGAUUGACACCCACAUUCUAUUUCUGACUAAUGCCAUUGAUGCCUUCUUGGCUACUAUUGAGAACAACCAGCCUCCAAAGGUGUUCAUUGGACACAGUAAAUUUGUCGUGAUCAGUGCUCAUAAGCUUGUGUACAUGGGGGACACAGUGUAUCGAAAUAUUGUGAACGUGGACAUUAAGAACAAAGUUUUGCAGUGCUCAAGUAACCUGUGUGAAGCUUUGAAGAUGCUCAUCAAUAGCACUAAGAAAGCAGCCUUGCAGUUUCCAUCUGUGGCAGCUGUGCAGGAAAUGGUGGACAGUAUUGUUGAUGUGUCACACUUAGCCAAUGACCUGAAGGUGGUUGUUAUGCAGGCUAAGAGGUAACCUGGGUGGCCCUGUCUGUACAUGCUCAAGUUGCAUCUUGGAAGCCCACGAUUUAGUGGCAGACACAUUACUUGCAAAAGCGUAGCACACUGAUGUUGCAGCACUUUCUAAAAUAUAGUAGUAUGCUUUUAAAAUCGGGUUUAUUGAAAUUUGCGUAAUGCUAAAGUUUGUUGCAGUAAGCUGAGUGCACUGCAUUGAAUUUAUAUCUUAGUAGUAGAAUUCUUACUAUUGUUAGUCUCAUGUUUACCUUUUUACACACACACACACACACACACACACACACACACACACACACACACACACACACACACACACACACACACACACACACACACACACACACACACACACACACACUAUAUAUAUAUAUGUACGUAUAUGUAUAUAAUAGCAAACACACAAAACAGGGUGUUCUGUGUUUCAGUAAAACAAAAAAGACAUAUUUGCAUCACAAGUUUCUUACAGCUGAAGCAUUGUUCCCAAACGCAGUUGCAAACAGGGUAAGGUGAGAAAGGAUGAAUUUUGUGCCAAUAAAUGUUACAUUGGCAUUUUCAACGAACUGCAUUUCCUUUGAUGUGUUCUUAGAAUUAAUAUUGUUAAAGAGCAUAUUUAUGGGGAAGCCUAGCAUGACUAAAAAAAAUCUUGGGCGGCAAUGUGCAGAUCAGCGAGUCUACAUUUAUGAUACGACCUAUAUAUUUUGCAAGUAAGCCAUGCUUUCUCAAGAUAGUUUUGUAACAAUUAAGAUACACAUUGAUCCUCACAUCAGCUAAACUUGACAUUAGGCUUAAAAGAAAUAAAACGGAACAAAUUUUUAUUGCACUGUGUGUAAUGAAGUAUCUAUUUUUGUUACCAGUAGUUGGCUGCUCUAGAAUAUUGCUUUAUACAUACUUGUGGUUUUGUGGUCUAUCGAUCUUAGCUGAACAAUAGAGCUUGUAGCCUUGUGUCUUCCGUUUUAUGCAGCACAGCAAAGCGCUGUUCAGCACAUUGCAAGUUCUACUCUAAUAUUUCAUACACGUCUUCCCAUAGCAGGCAUUGCCAGCAGACGUGCAUUGGAAAUUUCAGAGACAGCUUGGGUAUGCUUCUGCAAUGUUCAGGCCACCACACAAACGCACAAACUCCAUGGCAGUGUUCUCAUGUUAUUGUAGACAAUUCAGUGGAGCCAAAUAUCUGCUUCCAUGUUACUGUGGUUUGAUGCAAAGAGCUGCUCUCUCACUACUGCUCGAGCACGCAUCUUGAUCUGUGCUAGUUAAUUAUAGAUUUUAUUCAGCAAGGAAGCUUCAUUGAUAUUUUAUGCUUCGAUUUCGUUGUGGCUUUGCCCCAUUGUCAAUUCAUUCUGAAAGCAAGAACCACGCUGAAAGAAUGCUUCUAUUUGUCAUUUUUGUUACAAUGAUGGACAAGCUUGACACCAUGCACAAAAGUAAAAUCACACGUGGUGCUCUUAUCAUUCUUUGAACAGUUUGGGUGACCAUCAUUGUGCAGCCAGAUUUGCUGUUCACUGGUGCUGUUGCAUGCAUGCUCACUCACUUUCAGAGCAGUAUAGUGAAUAGCAGUAUAGUUGGCAGUGGAACCAAGUUUGUGAAUGUUUGGUAGAAGCAUGGUACUUCACAUUCUGUGAGAUUUAUAUUUUGCAUUAACAUUGAUCGUUAGAUGCCACAACUUAAAAAAAGAAAUUAUUUUAGGUGAGUGAAUAUCAAGCUUUUCAAUUAAUAUUGUGUUGUGUUCAUAUCACAAGCAUGUUUGGCAUAAGUUCACUUUUCUUGCCAGUGCUAAUGCCAAUAAAAAGAGCAAGUAUCAUGUCCAUGCCCAACUUCUUUUUGAGUGGAAACUCGCUCUUGACAUAAAAUAUUAGUGUAGAAAACUUAAAGGUAGUGCGUGUGAGAAAUUAAGAAAGCUGACGUUAAAAAACUACGGAUACGUGAGGUACGGAACAUUGUGGCUAUUCAAGGAGUCAAACUUUGUUCCCAUAGUUUUCAUUCACAAUGGUGUAAUAGGCCAGUGCUACUUUCAAACUGCCUCUCAUUUUUCAUGUGACCUUAGCUGUUGUGGAAACCAAGUGCAUAGAUUGUUUCUGGUCACAAGUUUUGAGACUCCAGUGGGUUUUGUGAUAAGUGAGUGGUAAAUUAGAAUGUACUCUGCUUGACAUCUAUGUGAAGAGUGGCAUAGCCAGACAUUUUUUUUUUAAUUUAUUGUAUUCAAAUAUGUGCAGCACAUCAAGAAGGAAGGCAGGUGUAGUAAAGACUGUGUAGAUUAUGGGGGUUUAACUACAUUUUUAAGGGGCGUUCAGCUCUCUCGGUUUUAUCUUGGCUGUAUCCUGGUCGUAGAGUUGGCACAACCAGACAUACCUACAAUAAUUUUUGGCAUUGUUUGGUGGCAAGCUACCGCUGACUACUUGAUAUCAAGGAAUUGAUAUCACUUCACUGCACUUCCUACAACUUUAAAUAUUGGCAUGCAACGACUACAAGUGUCACUUUUAAGUAACACACUUGCGACCCAUGUGCGAGGUCCUGAACUUUGAACACUUGCAUCUUUGAAGCACUCCCAAACACUUGCAUGGAAUUCGGUUCUAGAUCUUUGUAUUGGUUCAUGCAUCUGGCAGUGCAUUGCUUACUUUUUACCUGUGAAUGCAAGGAUUUUAUGUUUGAGCUCCAAAAGGGAGUGAUGUGUAUGGCUGCAGGCAUGUAUUUGGUUAUUCAUACGUUUAGCUGUUCAUCUGUCUGACAUUCAUUAGCUGGACUGAGCAGGGACUUCUUUACUUUGGUUGGUAAAAGAAGGCUGGAAAGGCAUUGUAUCACGCUGGUUGUACAAAUGCUACCAGUUGUGGAAAUAAGUGACCAUUAUUUUGAUGAAUUUAAUUUCGAUGAGUGUGCCAAAGACUGCAAGCACCUCACAUAGGAGUAUUUCUGUGAGGUGUGAGGAGAGAGCAUGGUGUGUAGUAAAUCUUUUCUUCUCUGAGUGCAGUGUUGGAUACUUGAAGCAUACUCGCCCGCGAUAUUACCAGUGCAUGGAACAUAGCCCGGCACACUACUUGUACUGCAUUUAUGGCUUCAGACUGGACUUUUAUAAUGGUUGCAUCUUUGUACAGUCUUUGCAGGUGUAGAUCUUUUAAUGGCUACAUUUCCAGUGUGUGAACAGUAUGGGGAAGACUUACACAAGUGGCAAGUAAUUUGUUGAUCACUGGAGGCAGAAGACACAUUUGUGCUUAACAGGAAUGAAACACUGCAGUUUUUGUUGGUGUGAAUGGAUUAUACUUAUUGAAGUGAGCUUUGCACAAGGCCUGUUGCUGCCUAGUUUUGUGUUGCACCUGCAUACUUCUGUUUACUUCACAAAAACAUACACACACACAAAGCAAGCUGGCAAAUGAACCACAAUAUUGUGCAACUGGUGAGAAUGUAUGAAAGCACUCCGAAUUUAUAUGCUGUUUUUAGGGCAGCCUCAACUAGGGCUUCACACCGCAAGAGAGUCUGCUUAAACCCAGUUCCUGGUAAAUCUAGCUUCAUUUGCUGCCCCCACAAAUUUGGAGAGUUCAGUGUUCCUAGUCAGAAUGUUACUUCGAUCUCAGUGCAAUUGGAAUCAUUCCUUCUGCAAAAGUGUAAGAGCGUAAGCAAACAUUCUGUGCAAUUCUGAAGUGCUAGCCUUUGUUAUUAUUUUUUGAUACCUAUGACUCUCCAUGAGGCCCACCUUCCUGGUGCAUUUCAUGUUUGAAGUCCCAUUGCGUAAUGUGGCUGGUUUCACAUUACCUUUGUACACGUGUGGGAAGUAGCUGUGUAGCUUGCUGUGCUGUGACGUCUGGACCUGAUGUCAUUGAAGAAAAAGAAAAGGGGGGCACAAGUGGUUGCAGGCUGGAAAUCUGUUAGUCGCAGUGAGGUGUUGUUUUGUACAUUAAUACAGAUGGUACUGUACAUAUUAAUAAAAGUGUAUCCAACUA